AUGUGUGUGAACCCCGCGCCGGGUGGGUCCAGGGUUACCGUGGGAGCCGCUCAGGGUGCCGAGGAUGACGGAUCCCACCGCCGCGGUUCUGGACAGAUUGUUGCCGUGGAGACAGUGGUCUCGGAGAUGAUGUUGAUGCUCGGGACCACCGCUCUGCUGGGUCUGGCUGUGCUCCAGGCUCUGGCCACUGCGCCCGGGGACCCCUCUGCCGGGAGCACGAGGAGACCGCCAGCGAGACCCUGGAAGAGCCCCCAGCUCCCCGACACCCUCGAACCCCUCAGCUAUGAGGUAGAGCUCUGGCCCUGGCUGUUCCGAGAGGACACGUCUGGCCUCUUCAUCUUCCACGGCAGGUCCGUGGUCACCUUCCUGUGCCAGCGGCAGACCAAGGUUAUCGUUGUACACAGCAAGGCACUGAACUACACCAAGCCUCCGCGAGUGACCGCCAGGGGCGACUCCACCCUGGCCGUGCGGAGCUCCUGGCAGGAAAGGGCCAACGAGUACCUGGUGGUGGCCCUUGACAAGCACCUGGAACGGGGCAAGGUCUACUCCCUGUACACGGCCUUCAGCGGAGAGAUGGCCAGCGAGAUGACCGGCCUGUACCACUGCCAGUACCAGGACGAUGGCUCCACCAGGUUCCUGGCCGUGACGAUGAUGCAACCAGCCAGCGCCCGGAGGGUGUUCCCGUGCUUCGAUGAGCCAGCGCUGAAGGCGACCUUUGACCUGACGGUGAUUCACCGACCGCAGCACACGGCCGUGUCCAACAUGCCCGUGAGGAGGACCUCGGAGAUGUGGGUCCGUGGACAGAUGUGGAGGGUGACCAGCUUCUACCGCACGCCGCCGAUGUCGUCCUACCUGCUGGCGUGCGUGGUGUCCGACUUCCAACCCAUCGCCGGGACCUCCAACGGCGUCACGGUCAGAGUGUGGGCAAGGAGGCAGGCACUUGAUGCUGGACACGGCGACUGCUUACAGGCAGUGGCGAGGCUCCUGCACUUCUAUGAACAGGAGUUUCCAGAUCUUCUACCUCUGAGGAAGUUAGACCUGGUGGCUGUGCCCUGCUUCGAGAGCGGCGGGAUGGAGAACUGGGGCGUGAUCAUCUUCAGGGAGACAAACCUCCUGUUCCAGCCCCAGGAGAACUCAGAGAGCAGCCGGCAGAGCAUGCAGCUGGUGCUGGCCCAUGAGCUGGCUCACCAGUGGUUCGGGAACCUGGUGACGAUCCGAUGGUGGAACGACCUGUGGCUGAACGAAGGACUCGCCACCUACUUCAGUUACCUGGGCAACACCUUCAUUGACCCUGAGUGGUCAGUGGAUUCCGUGUUCGCGGGCAAGAGCCUCCACUUCACCUUGGAGUCAGACGCCGUGGCCAACUCCCACCCCCUGUCGCUUGAGCAACAGGAGGUCAGGACCACCGAGCACGUCAGCCAGCUCUUCGACGACAUCUCGUACGAGAAGGGUGCGUCUGUCCUUCGGAUGGUCUCCAGCUUCCUGACGGAGAAGGUCUUCCUGCAGGGACUCCUGAGCUACCUGAAGGAGUUCAGCUUCAGGACGGUGACCUACACCGACCUCCGCACUCACCUACAGAAGUCGGUCAACAACCAGUCAGAGGUUACUCUCCCCACCAACCUGAAGUCCAUCCUGGACUGCUGGGCCCUGCAGCCGGGCUACCCCUUGGUGACGGUGAACACCUCCUCCGGACGCCUCUCCCAGGAACACUUCCUCCUGGACAGCUCAGCCAAGGUGACCCGGGGCUCUAAGUUCGGCCAAUCCAAGCCUGGUCCAGCCCAACCACGGCCAAUCCAAGCCCGGUCCAGCCCAACCACGGCCAAUCCAAACCCCAGCCCAACCACGGCCAAUCCAAGCCCAGUCCAGCCCAACCACAGCCAAUCCAAACCCCAGCCCAACCCAACUACGGCCAAUCCAAGCCCGGUCCAGCCCAACCACAGCCAAUCCAAACCCCAGCCCAACCCAACUACGGCCAAUCCAAGCCCGGUCCAGCCCAACCACAGCCAAUCCAAUCCCCAGCCCAGCCCAACCACAGCCAAUUCAAACCCCAGCCCAGCCCAACCACGGUACACGUGGUACAUCCCAGUGACCUGGCAACUGAACACCAGCCUGCAGAACACGAUCUGGAUCAACAGAACGAGACACGUGUAUGUGAACAAGCUGGCGGUGAAGGAUCUGACCUGGGUGUUGGUGAACAUCAACGCGGUCGGCAUUUACAGGGUUAAUUACGACGAGGAGAACUGGGACAAGUUGCUGAUCCAGCUGAUGAGGAACAGGGAUGCCAUCCCAGUGAUCAACCGGGCCCAGCUCAUCGACGAUGCCUUCAGCCUCGCUCGCGGGAAGCACGUCAGGAUCACGCGUGCUCUGGAGACCACGCGGUAUCUGCACACGGAGACCGAGUACCUGCCCUGGGACACCCUCAGUAACCACCUCGACUACAUGGAGCUGAUCCUGAGGGACAACCCCGCCUACAGCCUGCUGGAGGAGUACAUCCUGAGCAAGGUGGGCCCCGUCUACGACUACUACCUAGAGCUGUCCGGCCCCAGGCUCGACACCGCGCCCAGUGACAGCUCCGAGCAGUUUGCCCAGGAGGUGGUCGCUGGGAUCGCCUGCUCCAACGGGCUGCAGAAGUGCAACAGGGCGGCCAGGGAGCUCUUCUCCCGUUGGAUGGCGCAACCGGACGUCAACCCGAUCCCCCCCAGCCUGCGGGCGGUGGUGUACUGCCGGUCGGUUGCCGAGGGCCACCAGGCCGAGUGGGACUUUGCCUGGAAGAUGUACGAGCUGGCGGGCAGUGCGGCCGAGGCCCAGAUCCUGCGCUACAGCCUGGCCUGCAGCACCAACGCCUCGGUCCUGCUCAGGUACCUAUCAUUGACGAUGAAGCCCUGGAAGAUCAGGAGACAGGACGCUUUGGCCACCAUUGUCCUGGUUGCCCAGAACAUCAAUGGGAAGAAGCCAGCCUGGGACUUCAUCAAGGGAAACUGGAGCAGCAUCACAGCAGAGUUCAACAUGCCAGAGGCGAUCGUGGGUCUGCUCGAGGGCAUCACCUCCAGGUUCUCUACCGAGGAAGACCUGCAGGAGCUGAAGGAGUUCAGGCACCUGAUCAAGGGCGGCGGACUGCGCUCCGUCACGCGCUUCCUGGACAAGGCGAUCGCGCGGACCGCGUCCUACAUCCAGUGGCGGAAGGAGAACGAGCAGGAGAUCUACCAGUGGGUCAACAACAAUCUCUGA